GCUGCUUCACAGGCACAUAGCAUCAAAAACACGACUUUAAAAAAUUAACCAUGAAUCAGGUUUAAUAUCACUGACAUGUUAUUAAAUUUGUCAUUUUGCAGCAGCAGUGCAUUGCAAUACACAGUAAUAAAGCUAUAAAUUACAAUAUAUAUAAAACAAAAGAAAAUUAAAUAAAUAGUACAAAAAGAGAGGGGGUAAAAUGAGGUAGUGUUCAUGGGUUCAAUGUCCAUUCAGAAAUUUGAUGGUGGGGGGAAGAAGCUGUUCCUGAACUGUGAAUGUGUGUCAGUCUUCGGGCUUCUGAUGGCAGCAAUGAGCAGAUGGCAUAUGCUGGGUGAUAGGUUCCCUAAUGAUAGAUGCCACCUUUUGAGACAUCGCCUUUUGAAAGCAUCCUGGGUGCUGGGAAGGCUAGUGCCAUGAUGGAGCUAGCUGAGUUUACAACUUCCUGCAGUUCUUUCUGAUUCUGUGCAGUGGCCUCCCCAUACCAGACAGUGAUGCAACCAGUUAGAAUCCUCUGCACGGUUCUUCUGUAGAAAUUUGUGAGUGUCCUUGGUGCAAAACCAAGUCCCCUCAAACUCCUAAUGUAGUAUGAAUGUUUUUAUGCCUCCUUUGGUAUUGCUUUAAGAUGUUGGGCACAGGAGAGAUCCUCAGAGAUGUUGACACCCAGGAACUUGAAACUGCUCACCCUUUCCACUUCUGAUCCCUUGAUGGACUGAUCUGUGUUCCCUCGACUUUGUCUUCUUGAGGUCUACAAUCAAUUCCGUGGUCUUACUGAUGUUGAGAGACACCACUCAACCAGCUGAUCCAUCACUCUCCUGUACACUUCCUCAUAAUCGUCUGAUACAAUAGUUCUGUUGUUGGCAAAUUUAUAGAUGGUGUUUGAUCUGUGCCUCGCCACACAAUUGUGCGUAUAGAGAGCAGGGCAGAGGGUUUUCAUGCAUCCUUGAGGUGCACCAAUGUUGAUUAUUAGCGAGGAGGAAAUUUUUUUCUGAUCUGCGCAGACAGUGGUCUCCCAGUGAUCAAGUCAAGGAAUCAUUUGCAGAGAGAGGUACAGAGGCCCAGGUUUUGGAGCUUGUUGGGUAGAAUUGAGGAUGUGUUCAAUGCAGAGCUGUAGUCAAUGUACAGCAGCCCUACUUAAGAUAUUGCAAUUGUCCAGGUGAUCCAAGGCCCAGUGGAGAAGUGAAAUUGCAUCCGUUGUAAACCUAUUGUGGCAAUAGGAAAAUUGAAACUGGCCCAGUUCCUUGCUUAGGCAGGAGUUGAUUCUAGCCAUGACCAACCCACAUUUAUCGAGGAGACCUGAUGGCAUAAACAUCGAUUUCUCGAACUUCAGGUAAUCCUCCUGCCCUCCUCUUUUCCCUUACAAACAACAGAAAAUCUGCAGAUGCUGUAAAUCUGAGCAACAUCCCCUGCCGAGGGGUUUCGACCCGAAAUGGCGACUGUACUCUUUUCCUCCAUGCUGCCUGGCCUGCUGAUUUCCCCCAGCAGGUGUGCAUUGCCACAUUUAUCGACUGAAAUUUACAGUGAGACAUGUUGCCCUGCAGUCUCGCUCGCUCUGUGUAACACCGGGCGGAUAAGGCACCACUGGGUGCGCGGGGGCACUGGAGAGCCCGUUGGGCUGAAGAGAGGACGGGCUCGGCCGGCCCUCCCGGAUGCAGAACCCCCUUCCCUCGCACGGCGGCGCAGCUACCCCGCCGGAAGGGAAGGCGCCAUCACCACGGAGCCGGGCCUACUGCUGCGGGCCGAUGAACCGGAGUGCUGAUUCUAAUGCAGCUGUAUCACAGAAGUCUGGUUGUUGAACUUGGUCUUUAACUUUCCUUAAGCUGAUUGCAUUGAGUGGGGAUCAUGUCGAUAAGCCACUCCAUUAAAGAGCGAACAAUUUCAGAGAACAGCCUCAUCAUCCUUCUCCAGGGGAUACAUGGCCAUGUUACGACAGUGGAGCUCAGAGAUGAGAGCUCUGUGAGAGGUCGAAUUAUUAAUGUUGAUGCAUUUAUGAAUAUCCGUCUUUCUGAGGUGUUGUAUACCGACAGGGGAGGCAGGAGCUCAAAACUGGAUGACUUCUUCAUCACGGGCAGAAAUGUACGUUACGUUCACAUUCCGGAUGAGAUCAACAUCACUGACACCAUUAAUAGUCAACUGCAGAAGAUUCACCAAGUGCGGAAUUUUGGUGGGAAAGAUCGAGGAAGGAAGGAAUUUCCAUCAAGAAAAUAAUUGUGUGCUGAUCACAGAAAGGCAGAGUUGGGUUUGGGGGAUGAGGGCUGGCUCAUACACAGAAAAGGGUCGGGUGCUGUUGUGAUCAGGGGUGUUUGAGGUGUAUCAGGGUGGAAAAAUCAAGACUAAGUGACGUGUGGCAGAGGGAAAGAAGCUGACUGAAUGGACGCAGUUAGUGGAAAAAAUGUUUAUGUUGUGACACUGAGGAGACUCGCACUUCCAAACUGAUUUCCAUUGAAAAGUCAGUGAAAAUUCCAUCCUACAGUGUGUGAGUAUGCUGCAUUGCUGAAUCCGCCCUCGUCUGAUGUAUUGAAUUACAUUGC